AUACUUCCAAAUGAAAACAAUUUCCAGCAAUAGAUCAGACAAAUUUACAUGGGCAAGAAUGUCAAUAAAUAUUCCCUACACCUAUAGGGAAUUUCUUGUUCUGUACUCAUUUAUCCAAAUUGCUUGCAUUUCAUACCUAAGAAUAGCUAAGCCAUGAGUGAAAAUAUGAAGGUGGUGGAGCAAGAGCUGGUUGUUCAACAACAUGGCGAGAAAAAGGAAGAAGAUGAGAAGAAUGAGACAAUUGAAAAUGAAAAGAAGAAUCUUGGAGGAAUGAAAACAAUGCCCUUUAUACUUGCUAAUGAAGUAUGCGACAGAUUUGUGGGCGCUGGAUUUCAUAGCAACCUGAUAACAUACCUAACACAGGUGCUAAAUGUGCCUCUGGUAAAGGCAUCCAACACCCUAGCAAACUUUAGCGGCAUUUCCAAUUUCACUCCACUUAUUGGUGCUCUUGUUGCUGACUCAUUUGCUGGCCGAUUUUGGACAAUUAUUGUUGGCUCCAUAAUUUAUGAGAUGGGAUUGGUCAGCAUCACCGUCUCAGCAAUCAUGCCACAACUCCGUCCUCCACCAUGUCCGACUCAGGAGAACUGCAAAGAAGCUUCAAAGUCGCAACUCUGGGUGCUCUACAUUUGUCUCCUCUUGACAUCUAUUGGUACAGGAGGUCUUAGACCUUGUGUAGUUACCUUUGCUGCCGACCAGUUGGACAUGAGGAAAUCUAAAGUAGAAUCGCGAAGGUGGAACUUCUAUAAUCUGUUCUAUUUCUGUGUGACAAUGGCUACGCUAACUGCACUAACUGUUGUUGUUUAUAUCCAAGACAACGUAAACUGGGGAUGGGGUCUUGGACUUCUAACCAUUGCCAUGGCCCUUUCAGUUAUCGCUUUCGUUAUUGGAUCACCAUUUUACAGAAAAGUAGAACCAGGAGGAAGUCCAUUUGUCAGAUUGACACAGGUCAUUGUUGCCUCAGUGAGGAAGAGAAAAGUUGUCGUUCCAGCCGAUGCUCGUCUCUUAUAUGAGAACAAAGAGCUCGAUACUGCUAUCUCAUGCGAUGGAAGGCUUUUGCACACUAAUCAUUUCAAGUGCCUUGAUCGAGCAGCUGUAGUAACUGAUGAUGACAUGAAAGAGUCACACCAGCCAAAUUUGUGGAGGCUAGCUACCGUUCAUAGAAUAGAAGAGUUGAAGUGCAUCCUAAGGAUGUUUCCAAUUUGGGUUGCAGGGAUAUUACAUUUUGCUUCACAUUCACAUGUAAGCAGCUUUACAAUCCAGCAGGCACGCAGUAUGGAUCGUCAUUUGUCUCAUAGCUUCCAAAUACCUCCAGCCAGCAUGGCUAUUUUUAGCGUCUUAACGGUUCUCAUUGGCCUUGCGCUAUACGAGCGGUUCUUUGUUCCUUUUGCUCGUCGGUUCACAGGACACAAAUCAGGCAUUACUUGCUUGCAGCGAAUGGGCAUUGGAUACGCGAUCAACAUUCUUUCUACUGCAACUGCAGCACUUGCUGAGAUUAAGCGUAAAAAAGCGGCUGCAGAUCAUAACUUACUGGACCAUCCAGCCUCCGUCAUUCCGAUUAGAGUCUUCUGGUUGGUUCCGCAGUAUUGCCUCCACGGAGUAGCUGAAGUGUUCAUGAACGUCGGGCACCUUGAAUUUCUUAUUGAGCAAUUCCCGGAAAGCAUGAGAAGCACUGGAGCCGCGCUUAAUUCGUUAGCCUCGUCUUUUGGAAAUUACUUAGGCACAUUUAUAGUAACUCUAGUUCAUAGUAAUACUGGAAAAGAAAGGAAUUGGUUACCUGAUAGGAAUCUCAACAGGGGAAGACUGGAAAACUUUUACUGGCUUAUGGCUGGAUUACAGGUACUAAAUUUUGUAUAUUAUCUUAUAUGUGCAUCAUUAUAUACAUACAAACCCUUGGAAGAGCUUACUGAAAGCUGCAAGGGAACAGAUGUGGAAUUAGCUCAUGAUACCACAACUUCACCUACUUCGUUACACGAUUCUAAAGGAGAUGGACAAAAUGGAAUGAAUAAUAUUGCUUAAACUAGCAGAAAUUUAGUUUUUAAGUUUUUACCCCCCGUUUGGAUGGUGGUUUCCCGUGGUUCAUUAAUGUAUGGUUUUCUAUGAAA